GUCCUCUGUGAUCAAAUUCCUCUCACUGAAGAAAACCUGUAAGCCAUAGGAGCAGGGUGCUGUUGGUGACGGCUCCAAAUCACUAAUCGCCUCCUGGACCCACAGGGGGCGCCCUCUGGACCCGGGGCGCCUGCAAGCAUGGCCUGGAGCCGAGGAGGAGGAGGGAUGCUCUGCCUCUGCUGCUGGGGAGUCGUCCUGAUCCUCGUCGGAGGAGUCCCCGGGCAGCAGCAGCACCACCAGCAGCAGCAGGGCAAGGCCGACCGACCCCGCCUCAAGCUGGCCUACAAAGAAAUGUAUGAAUCCAACAAUAUAGUCACUUUCCAUGGACUUGUCAAUAGUUCCAGUUACCACACAUUCCUUUUGGAUGAGGAGCGGAGUAGACUCUAUGUUGGAGCAAAAGAUCACAUAUUUUCUUUCAACCUAGUCAAUAUCAAGGAAUAUCAAAAGAUUGUUUGGCCUGUAUCUCAUACCCGUAGGGACGAGUGCAAGUGGGCUGGAAAAGAUAUUCUGAAAGAAUGUGCUAACUUCAUCAAGGUGCUCAAGGCUUACAACCAAACACAUUUAUAUGUCUGUGGAACUGGGGCUUUCCAUCCUGUGUGCACAUACAUUGAAGUUGGAGGGCAUCCUGAGGAUAAUAUUUUUAAGCUGGAAGAGUCGCAUUUUGAAAAUGGCAGAGGAAAGAGCCCCUAUGAUCCUAAACUGCUGACAGCUUCUCUGUUAAUAGAUGGUGAACUUUAUUCUGGAACUGCAGCAGACUUCAUGGGCAGGGAUUUUGCCAUUUUCCGCACACUGGGACACCACCAUCCAAUCAGGACAGAGCAACAUGAUUCCCGGUGGCUCAAUGAUCCUAGGUUUAUUAGUGCCCAUUUGAUCCCAGAAAGUGACAACCCAGAAGAUGACAAGGUGUAUUUUUUCUUCCGUGAAAAUGCAAUUGAUGGGGAGCAUUCUGGAAAAGCCACACAUGCCAGAAUUGGACAGAUUUGCAAGAAUGACUUUGGUGGCCACAGAAGCCUUGUCAACAAAUGGACCACAUUCCUCAAAGCACGCCUGAUGUGCUCUGUGCCAGGGGCCAAUGGCAUUGAUACGCACUUUGAUGAACUCCAGGAUGUGUUUCUAAUGAACUCAAAAGACCCUAAAAAUCCAAUAAUCUAUGGCGUGUUUACAACUUCCAGCAAUAUCUUCAAAGGAUCAGCUGUCUGUAUGUACAGCAUGACUGAUGUGAGACGGGUGUUCCUGGGUCCAUACGCCCAUAGAGAUGGUCCCAACUAUCAGUGGGUUCCUUUCCAAGGAAGAGUACCAUACCCACGGCCAGGAACUUGCCCAAGUAAAACAUUUGGUGGCUUUGACUCAACCAAAGACCUUCCGGAUGAAGUAAUCACCUUUGCAAGAAGCCAUCCUGCUAUGUAUAACCCUGUAUACCCUAUCAAUAACCGUCCCAUUAUGGUCAAAACAGAUUUGGAUUAUCAGUUCACACAAAUUGUAGUUGAUCGGGUGGAUGCUGAGGACGGCCAGUAUGAUGUCAUGUUCAUUGGAACAGAUAUUGGGACAGUUCUGAAAGUAGUUUCUAUUCCUAAGGAGACCUGGCAUGAUCUGGAAGAAGUCUUGCUUGAAGAAAUGACUGUCUUCCAGGAGCCUACAAUGAUUUCAGCCAUGAAGAUUUCCACUAAACAGCAACAGCUCUAUAUUGGCUCGGCUAUUGGAGUGUCACAGCUUCCGCUGCACCGCUGUGAUGUUUAUGGGAAAGCAUGUGCAGAGUGCUGCCUUGCUAGAGACCCAUAUUGUGCCUGGGAUGGCUCCUCAUGCUCCCGUUACUUUCCCACUGCCAAAAGACGCACUAGACGACAAGAUAUACGAAAUGGUGACCCUCUUACUCAUUGCUCAGAUCUACAGCAUCAUGAUAAUCCAAGUGGACAUGGGAUUGAAGAAAAGAUUAUCUAUGGUGUAGAGAAUAGCAGUACUUUCCUGGAGUGCAGUCCAAAAUCUCAGCGUGCUCUGGUGUACUGGCAAUUCCAGAAACAAAAUGAUGACCGAAAGGAAGAGAUCAAAAUAGAUGACCGUUUAAUCCGGACUGAGCAAGGCCUUCUGCUGCGAAGUCUACAACGGAAAGACUCAGGAGUUUAUUUCUGUCAUGCUGUAGAGCAUGGCUUCAUGCAGACUCUUCUCAAAGUGACACUGGAGAUCAUAGAUACAGAACACCUUGAAGAGCUGCUUCAUAAAGAAGAAGAUGGAGAUAGUUCCAAGAUCAAAGAAGCUUCUAACAGCAUGACUCCAAGCCAAAAAGUCUGGUAUAGGGAUUUCAUGCAGCUCAUCAACCACCCUAACCUUAACACAAUGGACGAGUUCUGUGAGCAGGUAUGGAAAAGGGACCGCAAACAACGUCGGCAAAGACCUGCCAAUGCCCAAGUGAAUACAAACAAGUGGAAGCAUCUACAAGAGAAUAAGAAAGGCAGAAACAGGAGGACCCAUGAGUUUGAGAGGGCACCGCGGAGUGUCUGAGCUACAGUUACCUCUAGGAACUUCAUCUAAGUAGAAACUUGCAUAGACAGAUAACUGGAAAUGAAAUGCAAUAUCCAUUACGUCCCCCACCCCAUGGCAUUUAGGUGGAUGUUUACAAAGAGCUGGGAAGCUCAAACAAUUUCCAUCUGGCUUAAAAUUGAACCCGUUUUGUUAGAAAUUUCCUGCUGGACGUGUCCCAUUGAUCCUGAGUUUUUCAAGGAUGUAAGCUCUCUGAAACUAACUUAUUGUUCCAUGGAUGCUGCAUUAAGACUGAUUCAGCAUUUCUCUCUGGACUGAGGUGUAAAAGUGUCAUCUGUCAUUCUGCCAUUUAGAAAAGGAAUAAAAGGGGAAGGGCAAAAGAGCUCAUCAGCUAUGUGACUUUUCUUGAGCUUCCUUAAAAACUGCAUGGACAUUAUAAAGCUGAUGAACACCUUCACAUUGGGUUGAACACAAGAUUCUUUCUUUCUUUCUUUCUUUCUUUCUUUUUCUUUCUUUUGACUUUUUUCUUUCUUCUUCUUCUUCUGUUUCUUUUCUUCUUUUUUGGUCUACUAGUUCUGUUGUUUAUAUAUGUACUGGAAGAACAAAAUCAAUACUGUAUGUAAUUGCUUAUUUGAGUCAGGCCACCAUCAACCGUUAAUUAUCUGAAGCAAAGGGAACACUCUGACCUACUACUGAUGACUUCUCUAAUCUUUGACCUAAAGAUGUAUUUUAUUAAAACAAUUAUUUAAAUGUACCACAGCCAAUAUACAGUCAAAGAUAGCUCUUUUAAAAAAUAGAAUAGGCUUUUUGACUGACAAUAUUCUAAUACUUUAAUUUCUAAUUUUUUAAUAGGGAGAAGGCUCCGUUUUCUGUUUUUCAAUUUCAAUUGUUUUUAAAAAUGUUCUUAAACAGCAAACAAAUUUGGAAGAUAUGCUAUACAAAGAAUAACUUUCACCUAGCUUCUCCCUCCAAACUGAACUAUUCUGGCAAAAAAAAAGUAUUUGCAUGGACAUAUUUCUCUUUCCUUGUUUCUCCCUAAUUGUUCAGUAUGAAAGACUUCAACUUGUAUAAUACUUUGAUACAAAAAGAAAUGGAUUGAAACAAUGAAGGGAAACGCAGUUGACUUAAGCUGUAUAUUUUCUUUCUAAUUACAAAAGACUGUGAAUAGCAUUAAAAUAUUUCCUGUCCUCAUGACCUAUUAUAUGGAUGGUGGAAACUGAAUGCUAGGAUACAGAACUAGCUGAUUUCUUGAUAGUAAAAUGCAGUGGUUUUCAGACUGUGUUCUUGGGGAAAGCUCUUGUUCUUUGAAAGCUUAUCACAGGUACCCCAAUAAUCAUUUUUGCAUUCCACUAGAGUCCCAGUGCAUUGCAGGAUAUGUUCUGUGACACAUAUUACGUUCUUACAAAGCAAUCAUUAGGCCUAACAGAUUUGGCCACUGUGUUGCAUAAAAUGAUUGCACAGUCCCCAGCCUGGUGCCACCCCUCUCAGAUGUUUUGGAUUGCACUGUCCUUCAUCUUUAACUCACACGGCCAAUUGUGAAGAAUCAAGAAAAUGGAAGACCACAUCUUCUCCGGAGCACCAGCUUGGCAAAAGCUGAACAUUCCCUGAAUCUUUUGCAACACAGAGGUUUCAGGCCACAACAGAUCUUGUGGAAAUUAUUCCCUAAACACAAGAAAUCCAAACAUCAAUCAGACAGAACAGGUUAGGUGCAACCCAGGGAACUACAAAAACAAUAGUUAUAUGGCUGUACAUACACAAUACUGUGUCCACAUAUAUAUCCAAUACAUACUGCACUGACUUGGGGUGUUCAUGAGUCUUUGUGUGGUUAUGAAUAAAGACUACCCACAUUUUUUGUCCAUUGCUAGUUGAGGACUUUCUUCUCCCUACUUGGC